AUGGGGGCCUGGCUUUACACAGAUAAGGAUGAUGUCACUGUUAGUUGGAAACUGGCUGUUGGUGAUGCAGAGUGUUGUGCCUGUGUGCUGCAGAUGGGUGGUAAGCGGUUGUUGGUGCAGUGGGAGCGGUACGAGUCCGGUGUGCUGGCGCACCUACGGCGUUUGCUGGCAGCCGAGGCAUUCGUCGACGUCACGCUUUGCUGCCAGGGCCACCGCCUGCGCGCACACCGCGUCCUCCUCUCCGCCUGCAGCCCCUACCUACAGCGCAUGCUGCUAGAGCACCCGUGCGGCGUGGGCGACUCAGUGACUGUGAUUCUGCACGGCAUCAGUCAUGAGGAUGUGCGCCGCCUGCUGGACCUCAUAUACACCGGAAGCACCGAGGUGCCGAGCAGUGACUUGUCGCGCUUCCUGUGCACAGCUAAGGAGCUCGAUGUCAGCCUGCUGCGGUCGGCCGCACUGCGGAUUUGUGAAGUCGCCGCCUCACCAGCCGCAGAACCCGACAGCAGACCCACUGCCGACACUGUCCCCUCUGUCCCCCCAACGCUGCCGAAAACGACGUCAGACUCUGCAGUGUCGCCUGCAAAGGAGCGUUCCCUGCCACGCAGCCAAUUGCAGCUGAUGGCCCCACAACUUUGUGAUACUGUCUCUACGGACCACUGGCAGCAGGAACCACCUACAGGUCCGCCUAUAUCACCGGCGGCGUGUCGGAUCCCUCUGAUGCACACGUCCUCGCCACACACAACUACCAACAGCUCUACCCAGGCUGCUGCACAGCCCGCGAUGCAGAUGCAGUGCCACUUCUACACCCCGCCACCCACUGUUACCUUCGUGAGCAAGUCGCCCUGGACCGCGAAUAUGAGCCGGCACAUCCAACCCUUGAUACCACAAAAUGGUGACCCAGAACAGCAGGGUGAAGGCUUUGGGGCACCGCCAACAUGGCAGCCAGUGCAGGAGGCGGACAGCCUUCGCCUGAAGCGGUUGAUGGGCAUAGGACCUGCAGACAAGGUGAUGUGCCCAAAAACCAACAACAUCAACAGCAGCAGCAGAAGCAGUACCGGUCAACGUUGCGAGCCGAAGGCCGUGACGUCACCUCAAACUAUGCAGCAGCGCCAGUGCGUUGACGCAGUUCAGCAUCAGCCGCCUCCUCCACCACCUCUUAGUGUUUCUCCACAUCAGAUCCGCCACCUCACUCGCGCGAUGCCGCCUCUCCCGCCAUCACCACCGCUCCCGACACCACCGUCACACCCACUAUCACCAUCAAAGCUUCCAGCGCCCUUCCAGGAACUCCAGCAGCCACAGCCACCGCCGUUGCAACCUCCUCGCCCUAGCCAGCAGCAGCCUCCAGACAUUCCAGAAACUUUACGGAAACCUGAAGAACUGCCAGAAAAUCGAACUUUAGUCUCUGCUGCAGCCACCGACCUACAGAGGAAACACAAGUGUGAAGACUGCGGCAAGUUCUUCGGCACCAAGGCGGCUCUCAAGAUGCACGCUCGCACGCACACGGGAGAGAAGCCGUACCAGUGCGCCGAGUGCGGGAAGUCGUUCAGCCAGCUGCGCAACUACAAGUACCACGUGUCGGUGCACGCGGGCACGCACGAGUUCGCCGCGGCGUGCCCCGAGUGCGGCAAGGUGUUCAACAACCGCGGCUACCUCAGCACGCACAUGAAGAUCCACCGCAACCGCAAGGAGUACGCCUGCGCCGACUGCGGGCGGCGCUUCAACCAGCGGGUCGCGUACACCACGCACGUGCGCAUACACACGGGCGAGCGGCCGUACGUCUGCACGGUCUGCGACAAGACCUUCACGCGCUCGAUACUACUCAAGCAGCACAUGCGUACACACACCGGCGAGAAGCCCUUCACCUGUGAGGUGUGUGGGAAGCAGUUCGCGGACCGCAGCAACAUGAUGCUCCAUCUACGGCUACACUCGGGCAUCAGGCCGUACAGCUGCGGCGAGUGCGGCAAGGCGUUCACCAAGAAGCACCACCUCAAGGCGCACAUGUCCUGCCACACGGGGCUGCGGCCGCACGCCUGCGACCGCUGCGGCGCGCGCUUCAGCCAGGCCAGCAACAUGCGCACGCACCGCAGCAAGUGCACCGCGCUGGGGCCUCCCCGCGGGGGUGGAGGCGACGGGGGCGGCGAGGGUGGCGAGCCUGCGGUCAGAGCGGCGGUCACCAGCGUCAUCAUGCGCGUGUCCGGCGAGCUGGUGCAGCACGUGCUGCAGCGCACCGAUGAUGUAGCCGCCUCCAGCGGCCGAAACGUCACGCUCGCUGGCGAUUCCGCUUCGUCUCUCGGGGCUCCGUGGGCCAUGCACACAGCGUAA